AUGAAUGAGAGAGUGUUAAAUGUUGCCAUGAAGUAUAAGUCAUCAUGUCUAUUAUAUAAAAAAAAUUUUAAUUUCAAAUUAUUUUCAUAUUUAAAAGUUUGUUAUCAUAAUGAUUUAUGGUUACAUAAAAAAAAUCAAAAUGGUGAUAGUGAUAGUAGAAAUAUAUCAUUGGUUAGCGCACAAAUAAAUAAUGAAAAUAAGAAUAAUAACAUAAGUGAUGAUAAGGAUUUGAAAAGUGAUGGUGUGAAAAAAUGCAUAGGACAAAAAAAUAAAUUAUAUUUUGAUGAAAAAAUUCUUUUGAAGUUUGGAAAUAUGGGUACAUAUAAAAAAUGGCAGUGUAGUUUUUUUUCAACAUCAGAAGAGAAAAAAUACAAGAUAGAAAAAUAUAUGAAAUUGGAUGAAAAAAAAAAAGAUAAUAACAUUAGUUGUAAUGAUUUAGAUAAUACACAAAUGAAGAUAAAAAAUCAAGUUGUAGGAAAUGAUUUUAAUGGUUGUAAUUUAGAAGAGAGAAAAGAUAAUAAUGAAUAUGAUAAUGAUAAAUAUAAAAAAGAUUCAUUUGAACAAGAUGAAGAAAAUGAGAAAAUGAGAAAAAAGAAAGAGAUAAAAAAGAUUUUAAAUAUUAUAUUUUGUUCUUCUAUACCUAUGAUUGGUUUUGGUUUUAUGGAUCAAUUUAUUAUGAUACGUUUAGGUGAUAUUUUCGAUGCUUCUAUAGGAGUAACUUUUGGUAUAUCAACUCUUUGUGCAGCUUCUUUUGGUCAAUUAUGUAGUGAUACUUUUGGUAUAUUUUUUGGAUAUGUUUUGAAUUAUUUACUUCAGACAUAUAAAAUAAUUCAGCCCAUAAAAUAUGAUAUAAAAAAUAAAGUUUAUCAAUAUUGUACUUUAAUAGGUUCUGUUUUGGGUAUAUUAUUUGGUUGUGCUUUAGGUAUGUUACAGUUAAUUUUUAUUGACACUACAAAAAGUGAACGUUUAAAAAAAAAGAAAGAACUUGAUUUUAUUUUUCAAAUGGUCAUGUGUGAUUGUUCAAAUGUUUUAAAUUGUGAAGCUUCUACUUUAUUUUUAUAUGACAAGGCAAAAAAUGAAUUAUGGAGUAAAGCAAUACAUGGAAGAAAAAAUAUUAUAAAAAUUUCGGCAGAUAGUGAUGAAAAAAGUUUCAAUUUAUGGGUUUUAAGAAAUAAAGAAAUUAUCAAUUGUAAAGAUGUAGCUAAUCAUGAACUAUUUAAUCCUUCACAUGAUGAAAAAUUUAAUUUCAAAACUAAAACUAUUCUAGCUGCACCUAUUUUAGAUAAGAAUGAUGAAGUUGUGGGUGUUCUUAUGUUCUUAAAUAAAUUAAGAUCCCACGGUGGGUAUUUUACAAGAGAUGAUGAAAAGCUAGCUGAAAUGAUGUGUAAGCAUAUUUCCAUUUUUAUGGAAAAGUUUCAUUAUAUCAGUGAAGGGGACAAAAAAAUGAUCAUUUUUGAUAAGGAAAAGAAUAAUGUUAAAGAGGAAGACGACGAAGACGAUGAUUAUGAUAAUGAUAAUGAUGAUGAUGAAGAGGGGACAGAGCUUAAGGAGAAAGAAAAAGUGAAGGAAGAAAAAUAUGAAGAUAUUAAAAAAAAAAAAAAAAGACAAAAAAGGAAUAUUCUUCCAUAUAAUAUUUUAAAAAUGGAAAAAGAUGAUGAUAAAAUAUUUGACGAGGGUGAUGAAAAUAGAGAAAGCAAAGAAUUGAAUGAAGAUGAAGAUGAGGAGGAAGACGAGGAGGAAGAUGAAGAGGAAGACGAGGAAGUUGUAUAUGAAGAAAAUAUCAAAGAAAAUAAAGAUGACAUAGAUUAUGAUGAUGAUAAAUAUGAUAAGAAUUAUGAGCAUGAUGAAAAAAAGGAAAACAUAUUUUAUAAGCAAAAUGGAGAUGAUCAUGAUGAAAACAACUACGAAUUAAUUCAAGAUUAUUAUUAUGUAGAAAAAAACAAUAUAUAUAAUAAAAAUGAUACUAUACAAUAUGAACAGAAUAAUAAUAUUUAUAAGACUAAAUUUAGUAAUAAUAUAUAUACACCUAAAUUUGAUAAUUAUAUGGAUUAUAAAGGGAAUAUAAAAGAACAUACAGCAAAUAAUAUCAAACAUCAAUUAUUGCUUUUUAAUAUUGAUAAAACUAUGAAGGACGAAAUUUUAACAAGUGAUAAAAUAAAUAAAGAUAAAAGUAGUGAUGAUAUUAUUAAUAGUAACAAAACAUAUAAUGAGAAAAACAAAUUAUAUACUUCAACCACAGGUAUACAUAAGAAUAAUAUGGGUGAUAAAUUACAAGAUGAUACAUUUUAUUUUAAAUUAUUAAAUAAGAAUAAAUAUUAUAUGAAUAAUGUUAAUGGAAAUUUGGAUAUAUAUUAUAUAUUAUAUAAUAUAGAAAGUGUUGAACAACUAUUUAAGAAAAUAAAAGAAAACAAUUUCUUGUUGUUUAACAUGAAAAAUUGUAUUCGUAUGUUUAUACUCUUCAGGGAUUUAUAUGUGAAAGAGGAAAACGGUUACAAUAUUAUAAAAAGUCAAAAUAAUACUACAACAAUAACUACUACUACUAAUAGUAAUGAUAGUAAUGAUAGUAGUGAUAAUAACAAUAAUAAUAAUAAUAAUAAUAAUAAUAAUAAUAAUUAUAAUAAUAAUAAUUCUGUCAUAUUUUCAACAAAUGAAAAAAUUUACGAUAUGCUAAAUAGGGAUAAUAUAUACAAAAAGGUAAAGAAAGAAAUAUUUGAGGGUGAUUCAAUAAUUAAGACAAUGGAAAAUAAACCGAACUUAACAAAUAAAAAUUAUAUGAAUAAUGACAAUAUUGAUAAUAAUAAUAAUAAUAAUAAUAAUAACAAUAUUGAUAAUAAUAAUAAUAAUAAUGGUGAUAAUAUUUAUAAUGAUGAUCUUAAGAAAUAUUAUUUGAAUACUUCUAUAUUUAAUAAAGACUUAUAUGUAAAACAUUUUGUAGAUAUUAUUAUGAACAAAAGUUUGGAAGAAAUUAUAAAAAUGAAUGUAUAUAUAUCAGAAAGAAUUAAUAGUUUAUUAUUUCACAAAGGGAAUAUGUUAAAUGAUGUUACAAAAUUAUAUAUGUCUAAUGCAUAUGGUGAAAAAUGUUUUUUUUUUAAUUUUCCACAAAUAAAAGAAAUAAUAUUUGUAAAUGAAUAUGAAAAAAAAAUGGAUAUGAAAUAUUUUAAAAUGUUAAAAAAAAUAUAUAAAUAUAAUUUAAAUAAAAUUUUCAGUAAUAAUUAUAAGUUUUUUAUAAUUAAAAAAAAAAAAAAAUUAAAAAAAUUAUGUUAUAUUAUGAAAAGUUUCCAUCCACAUAUAUUAGAUGAAUUCUGGUUUAAUUUAUCAUGUCAAAAUGAAAUAAAAAAUAUAUAUUAUAAAAAUUUACAUUUUGUUAUUAGUUUACAUAAUUCAUCCAUUAUAGAUUUUAAAAUAAUUAAUCAUUUUAUAUUAAAUAAAAUAUUUGAAAAUAUAUCCAUCAAUUGUACUACUUCAAGUAUGUAUUAUAAUAUAAAAACGAUAGAUUUUAUCUCAUAUAGAAAUUUGUAUCUUUUAAAAAAUUAUACAAUGCAUGAUCUUAUUUAUAAAUAUAUUAUAUAUUAUUAUUGUAGAAAAAAAUUAAAAAGAAAAAAUUUUCAUUAUUUUAAUUAUCAAGAUUUAUAUAUAGCUGAAAACUAUUUUGGUCUUAACACACAUACCAAGAAGGUACCCAACAUGUUAGAUCAAAAUAUAGGAAAAAAAAGUGCCAUAGUAACAGUAGAGAGAUAA